AUGGAUGUGGGAGCACCCGACCUCAUCACCGCCCUCCCGGAUGAUAUGCUUGUCGAGAUCCUCGUCCGCCUCCGCUGCUCCCGCGCCGCCGCGCGCACCGGCGGCCUCUCCCGCUCGUGGCGCGGCCUCUGGACCCGCCUCCCCAUCCACGUCUUCCGCGGCGUCGCGCUCGGCUCCGUCCAAGCGGCGCUCGCUUCGAUCAAAGCCGAGGGCGGCCCCGGCGCGAGCGUGACGCUCCUCGACAUCUCCGUUCCGGAGGCGUCCCUCUCCGAAUCGGAGUUGAGAGAGCGCGUCCCCAAGCUGCUGGACGCCGCCGCGGAGCUCUCGCCGGUGGAGUUCCGCCUCGCCGUCUGGGAAAACACGCCGUUCAAGUACGUCAAAGUGGUCGUGCCCCGCUUCCCACGCGCCACCUCGGUGGAGCUGCAAGGGCUGGAUCUCGCCUUCGCCGACCAGCCAUGCAGCUGGCAGGGGUUCCCGGCGCUGGAGAGGCUCUCCCUCACGAGCUGCCGCGCCGUCCUCACCAACCUGCUGCGCCGCUGUCCGCGGCUGCGCGUGUUGAGGCUCAGGGAUGAUCUUCUUGUCUGUCAACACACAAACAUCAUCAUCAAAUCCUCGUCGCUGCAGGAGCUGGAUGUGGAGAACAGGGUCCCCUUCCUGCACCGCAUCCACAUCCACGCACCUGCGCUCAAGCGAUUGGCCAUGUCCUUUGCCAGCAGCAACAACAUCAUUGUGUCGGUGUCCGUUUCGGCACCAGUGCUGGAGAAGGUCUCAUGGCGCUGCAGGUAUUCCACCGUGUCCACCGGGCUUGGUGUGUCUGUCGGCCUUGGCCCUUGGGGCCUCUUGUCUGUGAGAUUACAGACGGCAGAGACCAAUGGACAGGUUCAUCCUCACGUCCAUGUCCUGUCGCUGUUCGCUGCCGCCCAUACUUCAUAUAGAUUUUCAGAGGGGCUCAACCUUACGACGGAGAUAGAGAGACAUAUGGUUACCCUUUUCUCUGUGCUGGAGCUACACGUCCAAACGUUGGGGCAUGUUUUUGGAGCAUUUGCAUUGCAUAUAUUUGACAUCGAACGGAUCCGCACUAAUACAGAAAGCCUUAAGGUCAUCCUGAUGAGAUCAGAGGAUAAUGAAGCAUGCCCAGAAAAUUGCGCUUGUGAGCUGCCCAAUAAUAACUGGAGAAGCCAAACUAUCUCCGGGACCAUGACCAAACUUGAAAAGGUGGAAAUCAAAGGAUUCCAAGGAGAAGACCAUGAGUUUGAUUUCUUGAAGCUGAUAUUUAGCUGCGUACCAAAUCUGAAAACAAUGUCUGUGAGGCUGGCAGAUGAUAUCGCGGAAAGCAACGAUUGCUGCCAGAAAAUACAUGAUGUCUUCAAGGCGUAUUUCAUGGAAUGCAAUGUGGAUGUUCGUUCGCCUUGGGUCAAUAUGCAGCUGCCAUAG